AUGGGUCCUUUGUGUGGACAUACAAAAUAGUUUCAAUAUAAACCUCCAGGGUGCAGCACUGGCCACUGAACCCUACAAAAAAGGAGGGAAAAGAAUCCAUCUUGUUUUCUAUCAAGUCAUAAGUGGAUGAUUGGUGAUUUAUUGGUAAUUACAUUUGUUGAUCCAUGUGAUUUAACGGUUGGUCAAGAUCGCUUAUUCCACUCUGUGGACAACUUUUUGAAGGUGAGAAAUGAUAUCUGUUACUUCUAAUAGAUGAAUAGAUAAAAAGUACUACGUAUAAAUUUCUUUUACAAAUGCAGUGAUAUUCUAACCUUAAAAAUUAAAGGACUAGAAAACAAAAGUACAGUUUCUGUCCCCUCCAUGGAAUUCACAGGCUACGGAGGGGACAUCAUUGUACACGUAGUGAAAUAUUUCCAGAGUUGAAUUAAUGAGAACUGUAUGGAAGUGUUAGUGCUAUUUCGAGUAGGUACCAGAACUGCUGACAUUGCAGCAUAGGCCUAUUAACAGACCAUAACAUAUUUAUGUACUUAAUCAUUGAUGAAAUUUAUACAUUAAUUAUGAAAAUUACCAUACAGCUGCACUUAGUACUGUGUUUGCUACAUUCUUUAGAUCCAGUAUACUUGUGUAGAAAGAUAUUUGACAAUUUAAAUAUUGUCACAGGUACAUGAUUUUGUAAUGCCUUAAAUGUUAAUAAUAAUUUACCUUGCAAUCAGCUGAAUUGAUUAUUUUCUGCUUUGACAAAUGUUCAUGCAGCACGGUUGUGGUCUGUCUAUCCUCAUUAAAAAAAAAGCAUUAAUUUUACUCUUUCAGAUGUUUUAUCAUUACAACAAGCCCAAUAAGCGUUCUGAUAGAUUUUGUAUUUAUCUUGCAGAAUAAUGGCUCCCAUAAAAAAGAAAACUUCAAAUUCCGCUGAUAAGAUCAAAAAACGAAGGGAACAGAAAAAGAUCAGCAUGAGAAAGGCUAGAGAAAUGUUUACUAACAACCCAAGAAAGUAUGAAGAAGAAAAAUCUAAAGAAAGGGAAAGAUACCAUAUGAGGAAAAAUUAAUUUUGAAUAAGAGUGAAAGGGAUCAACGAUCAGUCAGGAAAGAAUGGAGAGACCGGAAACGACAUCAAUGAAAAGAAGACAAAAAAGCUAAAGAAACUGAAGAAGAAUUAAAAAUGAAGUCUCCUGAAACACCACCAGAAAUUUCAGAUGCUGUAGUACCCUCAACUUGCAGAGUUCAAUGUGGAAAAAGUUCAAGGAAAAACAGGAAGAAAAUGCUACAAGAAAAACGGAAGUUGGAAAAGGACAAUGAGAAACUACGAACAAAACUUGAAAGAUACAAAAAAAGAAUAAAGAGAAUACGAGAUUCAUUACAACCUAAUGCAGAUACUCUAACCCCUAGGAAGAGAGUGGAAAAGUUAUUUAGUAAUAACAACACUAAUUCAGAAGAAGUUAAAAAGAAAGUUUUGUUUGCUGAAGUUAUUCGUGACCAAAUAAAAGACAGUUUUAAAACUGGAAUCUUAAAAAAAAAAAAAAAAAAAAAGAGGACUAUGUUAGGUACAAGUUUUAACUGGAAAAGUUAUCAAGAAGUACAGACUCUGUGAUCACAUAAAAUCUUUGACAUCCUACAAAAUGUUAAAAAAUGUUAAAGUUUAUUACAGUAGAGUCCUGCUAAUCCGAACCCCGCUAAUCCUAACCCCGCUAAUCUGAAAAUCCGCCUAAUCCGAACAGGGCUAGGACGAAAAAAGAAAUAUUUUUAUAACAAUUAUGAACCUUGAAAAGCAAAGAAAAACAAGUUCUUUUUCAAGUAAUGUCUUACGUUUAUUAAUAUGUAGCCUACAUAAGAAAAUUAUGAUUUAUCUAUUUCUCCUUCAACUAAAAAGAAAAAAAUAUAAUUACGUACUUAGUACUUAAAUAUUUACGUAUUUAUAUUAUGCUAAAUAUGCUAAAUGAUAAAGGUGUGUUUUUUGUCUGAUCUUUAAUAUUUGACACAUCAGAUGUUAAAUAGCCCACGCCUCAUAAAGACCAUAAAUGGCAUUAUAUAAGAAAAUUCUGCCUAAUCCGAAUUUUUGCUUAUCCGAACAGGGUUCGGUCCCAAUUAGUUCGGAUUAGCGGGACUCUACUGCAUUCUAUUAUUGCAUAAAGAUUUCUGAAAAGAAAACAUGAUGUACAAAAGUUUUUUGAAACUGACAGAGUUAGCAGAAAGUGUGCCGGAAAAAAGGACACAAUCACCAGAAACAAAAACAAAAAACAGAAAUGUUUCCUCAAUGACAGCCUGUUUAAUUUACUCAAGAUAUUUAUCAAGGAAAAUCAUGUCUACAGGAACAUGAGUUACAGAACAUUCUGCCGGUUGAAACCGUUCUGGGUUUUGUUCCCAAAAGCUGCAGACAGAGAAACCUGUCUUUGCAAAACUCACCAAAAUAUGCUUCUGAUUACUUCAAAGCUACAUUCAUUGACGAUAAUUAAUGAAAAAUCUCCAGAUGCUGUAUUCAAAAAGUUGUGUUGUAAUUUCAUGAAAGAAAGUUGUUACAAAAGAAAAUGUGGAAAAUACAAAGGAAGAACUCCUGAAAUAAAUCAAUUUCAAGAUGAAAAGACUACUUAUCAUAAAUGGGUAACCAAAAAAGUUCCUAUUUUGAUUAAGGGAGAAGAAAAAAUGUGCCAAAAAACUUUCAAAAGUGAAAUUGAAGUAACCAAAAAGCACCUGGUUGAAAUAUUCUGUAGAAAUAUACAACAUAUCUCAUCAAUAUGAACAGAUAAGAAAGAUAAAAGAAACCCUUUCACCAAAUGACGUAUUACUGCAUAUUGACUUUAGCGAAAACUAUGUUUGCAAAUAUGCCAACGAAAUACAGUCUGUGCAUUUUGGAGGGUCGAAACCACAAAUUACAAUACAUACUGUUGUUGUAUACUGCUAUGAUAAGGAACCUAGUUGUUUUGGAACAUUAUCAGAGAGCAAUAGACAUGAUCCAGCUUCUGUUAUAGCUCAUUUGAAUCAUGUCAUUGAAGACAUAAAAACUGGGAUUCCGAUGCCGGAAAUGUGUACAUUUCUUAAGUCAUGGUGCACCUACUCAAUAUAAGAAUAAAACUAUGUUCUACCUUGUAGGUUAUCUUUCAGAAAAGUUUGGAACUGAAGAACUGCAUUGGCAUUUUAGUGAAAGUGGCCGUGGUAAGGGUGUUCCAGAUGGUGUGGGAGCAACCCUUAAGACAGCAGAUCACCUUAUUGCAAGAGGAACUGAUAUUCCUAACUGUAAAACGCUUGAAGCCAAACUUGAAGAAAACUGCAAAGGUGUGUUUACCAUUGCAGAAAAAUCGAUACAUGAUAUUGAGAACAAAAUUCCCCAAAACCUUAAAACUUUCAAAGGGACUGCGAAAGUACACCAACUUACCUGGAAAAAGCCUUCCCUUGUGUUACAAGCCCGACAUCUAACAUGCCUGGAGUGUGAAGCUGGGAUUUUCUGCAGCCAUUAUCAUCUGGGAGAAGUUACUACCUUUGGACUCAAGUCAGCCGCCAAAAGGAAGUUGCUUUACAAGGACGUUUAUUUGGACAGUGAUGAAGAUGCUGAACCUCCUCCUCUGAAAAAGGAGUUGAAAAAAUCAGUGUCUCUUGUUGCAAUGAAACCAAGUGUUAAUGAUUAUGUGAUUAUUAAAUGCAGCGAAAGAAAAUGAAACAAAACUUUCUUGCCUUCAUAGAAUCCUAUGACAAAGACAGUAAUGAGUAUAAAGUUAUUUUUUGGCUAUUCAAAGUUUUGUCUCCCAGAAGAACACGAGAGGAAGCUUUAUGACAUUGAAGCAUCUGACAUUUGUGAAGUGUUAUGCCAGCCAGUGACCUUCCAUCGUAAUCAAUACGCCUUUAACUUUGAUCUUUCUCGUUAUGAUAUGUGAAUUAUGGUAUUAAGUAUAAUUUCUUUAAAAUUUAACUUAAUGAUUCACUUCUGUUAAAAAGGUUUUGCAAUAUCAGUAUUGCAAAACAGUGUUCAAUAUGAUAUCCUGUAAUUAAUUUGCUCUUUAUAACAUUGUAGCAUUCUGCAUUAGGGAAGUAUUAUGUUAGCAAACUAACUUCAGUUGUUAUCAGUACAACUGUACUAUAGCUUUUUUAAAAUGUAAAUAAGUCUCGAGUGUAGGCUAUAUUUUUUCUAAUACAUUUUACUUUUUUUUUUUGUCAGAAUCUGUGCAUAGUACAACUACCUUGUUAAUUGUUUAACUAUCACACUAGUAAGUUGAAAUGCUGUGUACAUAAACACGCAAUAAAAAGAGUACCAAAAUCAAUGGUAAGGUUAAAUUUGUCCACUCAGUGGACAGUAGAGUCCACUCUGUGGACAGCCCCUAAAUUCUAUUUACGUUUUAUUAAUUCAAUUUAAUGUAUCGAUCUUGACCACUUAUUGUACUGAUUUUGGCGCAACCAGGGGAAUAUUUAAGAAUCUUUACAGGUGUGUAAAAUAUAAUUUUUUUUUUCGAACCAUACAUAGUUUAGGUACCUUAUUUUGACAAUCACCCAUCUAAGCAUUAAAUAGCAACCAUAUUUGGUGCAGAACAUGGCUGAAAUGUGAGUAAUUGCUUAACAUACUUUCGGUGUAAAAGGUAAGCACUGAAUUACAUUUAUAAUACUAUUUCAUAAGUGAUGUUUGUUGUGUAGCAUCCGUUACAAAUAUAACUAAUUUCUUUGUUUUGUAAACUGUUGUAGUUUUGGAAAACAAUAAAUAAGUAUUCAAAAGUGAUGUCUGACCUAUUACCAGGUUGUUGUCAUUAUUAAAACAUUGUAUGAACAUAAUAUUAUUAAAAUAAAAUGUAACGGAUGCUACACUGUAACGGAUGCCACAUUUCUGUGAAUGUGUUCUACAUGUAAAAUUCUUAAAACUAAAUUUUUGUUUUGUUUUAAAAAUAUACUACAUAACCUGUACAAUUUCUUUUUUUUUUUUUUCAGUAAUUAAUGAAUGUAAACUUUGAAUUUAUUAUCAUUUAGAGUGACAGUAUAUAUUAAAUUGUUUUAUAACUUUUGAUGAACACAAAUGUUACAAACAAUUGUCAUUAUUGAGUUUAUGAUAGCCUAACCUCAAAACACUAACCCUUCAAUAAAGUUUAAAAAAUGACUGCAGGCAUAUAUUUCUGUUAUGUUACUAUAAGUAACUUGAAAUUAUGUUACUAUAAGUAACUUGAAUCUUAGUAAAAAUACUUGAAAGCUUUAAUACAUUUUAGCAUGUUAAAAAUAUUUUUAAAAAAAAUACAAGUUUACCCAUAUUAUAUUUGUGAUCAUAAUUUGAUUCUUUAUGUUUUUCUUUACUUGUUCCAGAACCAUGGCUCCAGUAAGCAGUAAAAAUCGAAUGGCCAAAUGCCGAGAGAAGAAAAAACAAGAUCCAAACCGGUGGAAGGAGUACUUAAAAAAAGAUAAAGAACGAAAUAAGAAGAAACGAGAUCGAGCUUAAAAUGAAACGAAAGAAGGAUAGUGUAAUUGAUGCUCAUUUAAAACAGAAGAAACGUGAAGCUAUGAGAAGAUACAGAACAAAGAAAGCAGAGAAGUGCAGUACAAACGGGAAAACACCGGAAAAAGCUUUAGGUUCCUACAAAUGCACAAGUUCAUUAAGAAAAGCAGUUAAGAAAUUACAGUCAGCUCUUCCUUCCAGUCCUACCAAGAAAAGAGCUGUAGUUCACCAGUUAGUGAAAUACAUUUUCAGUAAAGCCGGUCAAACAUUGUGUGCAACUGAGAAAUCUCCAACAUUGAGAGCACUAAAACCAGAGACAGAGAAAAAGGUUAGAGACUUUUAUAACAGUGAUGAAAUAAGUUGGCAAGCACCUGGUAAACGAGACUACAAAUUAAUAAAAAAUGUAGAAACAGGAGAAAAAGUGCAAGAACAGAAGAGCUACAUUCUGAUGAAAGUAGAUGAGGCUCUUGCACUUUUUAAAGAAAAGUGCAAUGAUGCUGAAAGUAGAUCUAAAUUUUAUCAACUACGUCCACAGAACGUCCUUCCUUUGUUUGUGUAUAGUACACGCAAACUUUAUUUUUCUGACUGUUUCUCAACUGAAUCCUUUACCCACAAAUCCAUUAUUGAUGCCAUCUGCUGUGAUCCUAACAGUGAAAGAUGCAUGACAAGUAAGUGUGAAAAUUGUCAUUAUGAUGUGUCUGUACUUCUAAAACUAGAAUGUGACUCCUUGCAGAAAGUAACAUGGAAGAAAUGGGGAAAAUCUGAAGAUGGUAGUUUGAAAGUCUUGAAGAACAUUUCCACUCUUGCUGUUGUUGUUCAGGAAAUGAACGACACACUUAAAUCCUUCAAAAAACACACGUAUGUAAAAUCUCAACUAUUUGAGUACUUUGAUAAAAAGAAACAGAACCUUGGAAAAUGUGAGGCUGUUAUUCAGGUGGACUAUGCGGAAAACUAUAGCCACACCCCGCAAGAUGAAAUUCAGAGUGCACACUGGCACCACUCACAAACAACUGUAUUCACAUGCUGUAUUUGGUAUAUAAAUGAUAAGGUUAAGUAAUAUGUUGUAGUGAGUGAUGAUCUUUCACAUUCAAAACAAUCUGCAUGGGUCUUUUUAAAAAGUAUUGUGUCAGAUUUUGAAGACAGGUUUUGUAUAGGUUUAGACAACAUUUAUAUAUUUUCAGACAACUGUUCAGGGCAGUUCAGAAGCAGGUGCACUGCUUUCAAUAUGCUGCACCUUGCUGAUGACCUGAAUGUGUCUACUGUAGAAUGGAAUACAUUUUCACCUGGACAUGGAAAGGGUGCAGUAGAUGCAAUAGUUGAAAAAAUUAAGAGAAAUGUGUGGCUGGGUGUGAAAUCUAGAGCCACUGAGAUCACUUCAUCCUAUGACUUCUAUCUAAGUGCAGAAAAAACCUGUAACAAAAAACAAGUUCUGUAUGUUUCCAAACAAGAUGUUGACGAGACUGCUCAAAAUCUUCUGGCUAAACGCUGGGAGAACAUUAGAGAAGUUUUAGGAAUAAGGGAUUAUCAUUUCUUCAAAAUGUUGAAUAGAACUAGUAUAUUAGUAGGUCUGACUGCUUAUUCAGAGAAGAAAGUGAUUGACAUAUCUCCAAAAGAUGAACUGUGUGAAAAGAAACGCUUGAAAUUCAAUGAAGUCUACUCUGAUGAGUCAUUAGACGAUCAGCCUCAACCACUGGACCAACUGCGACACUGCACAUCAUUUUUGCAACCUUCUAAUGAAUCACAAUCAAAUUCUCAAACUGAAAGUGAAAAAAGGAAGGAGAACAUUAAACCCAGCACCUUCGUAAUAGUAAAUUUUGAAUCUACAAAAAAACACCAUUUCAAAUACAGUAGAACCCCGAUUAUCCGUGUUAAUGAAGGGGACGAGUGAGUCGGAUAAUCGAAAAUCGCGGUUAGCCGAGUCAUGCUUGCCUCAAAGGUCAUUAGCCCACAGACAGCCAUCUGUGGACAUUCGGAGAUUACAUAUAUACACAUGCUUUGUGUGCGUGUGCGUUGUUGACAUAGAAGCGGACUGCUUAGUGCUGGGCAGCAGUGGUUUUUAAGUCUUUCGUGUGCGGAGACGUGGGCACGCGAGUCGUUGUUGCACCGAGGUGUGUGGCUAGCCGCCGGCCAGUCCGAGGGCCCAAGACAGCUGAUAGCUGCCAAGGUCACGCAUUCUUUUCACCCGUAAGAGACGCUGCCACACUUUGCUCAUUGCUCUGUUGUCAGUAACACCAUCGGGCUGGUUAUUGUUUUACAGAACGACUGCCUUCAAAAUUCUUUUCGAGAUAAGAUUUUUCAUACCAGUGCAUUGAGACUUGAUUUCAUGGUUUUGAAACGGUGUCUCUGUCUCGUAUAAUUCACAGUGUUUUUAUCCCCCUUUAUUUAUAUGAAUUUUAAAUGUUAGAUUUUUUUUAAUUUUUAGCUUGCUGAACGUGGACUUAGUGCAAAAACGACCUAUUAUGACUUAGUGUUGCAGAUGGGUCGGAAAUCUUAUAACGACCACCUCUUUAUAACGACCCUAAUCUCGGGAACCGUGAGGGGUCGUUAUAUCUAUUCUCCGUUCACUCUUAGCUGAGUUUUGAAAUAAACAAACACCGUCGUAUCACUGCGCCACGUCAGCAAGUGAUAGGCUGAAUUUAUCUUGCGUGCCAAGCACUAGUUGCAACACACACACUUCCGUACAGUCGGUGCUCAUAAAAUAACAGAGAAGUAAUAUAACAGGAAAAUGGUUCUUCUGUCAAGCCUAUUUUUUUUUAAAAAUUUGCGUCUGCUGUGAUAAAAUUACGCCACUUAAUGGUACACCCUCCGACCUUUUCUGUUGAAACCAUUCAAACAAACAAGCGUCCAAGCUGCUAAAUGUGGAUUCUUUCAUCGUCUUGCGUUUAUUUAAUCCACUUGAAGUGUCAGCCUGUGAAGCAAACUGAGGGAUCUUUUCGCAAUUUUUUAUGAUGUCGCGCACUGUUGUGUUACUGACAUCAAACUCAGUCGCAAGUUUGCAAUCGUUUCUCCACUCUGAAAUCUUUCUAUAGUUUUUGUUUUGCUGUCGAUGGACAGUACCACUCGCUUUCUUUUCUGUUCAUUUGAUGACAUGAUGAAAUGUUGCUCUCAACACUUCCGCACAACACAACGGUAUAAUCCGUCGAAAUGCAGAUCACUGUUACAAUACAUAAAAUUAUCACCACCUUCACGCUUCAACAACGUACACUAAUGGAAUGGACUGUCUCCAUGCGCCGGGUAAUCUCUGUGGCACGGCGCCGUGCUGCGCGCGGGAGUGUACAGUCCGGUCAUGCGGACGUGGAAUCGCGCACCAGUGUAUAAUUUAUUCACGUAACAUGGAACACAAAAAUAUUAUGUACAUACGUAUGUAUGUACUAGUAUUUUUUUUUAAACUUUCUGUGUGUAUAAACGCAACUGAGUCAAAGUACUUUGACCAACAUACAUUUUGCAAAGUAUUUUAACAUUUACAUACAUUUUGAAUCAUUGGUUAUAUGUAACUAAAAAAUUGGACUUAAUGGACAUAAAUCGCGGUUAAUCCGCGAAUCGGAUGAUCGAGUUGCGGAUAAUCGGGGUUCUACUGUAUGCAGCAAUAUGUCAGAAAACUUGUAAUGAAGAAGAGGAAUUGCGGGUAAUGUUUUUGAAACAAUAUGAAAAUAACAAACUAUUCAUUACCGAUGAAAGUGAUGAAAGCAAGUUGAGCAAGUUAGCAAAAUUUUACACGUUCCUAGUGUUACAUUUCAAGGACUCAGGCUGGUAUAUCAGUUUCAAAAUGCACUUGAUGUUAAUUAGUUGUGUUUCCAAAUGGAUUAUUUUAAAAUCAGCCUCAAAUGUAUGAGUACACUUUCAAGUAAAUGUUUAUCAAGAACUAUAGUAACUGUUUAUUUAAAACAAAAAAUUAUGCCUUUAUAAUCUUAAUAGUUUAUCACCAUGUAAGUAAAUGGGUAAGUGUUUUGAAAGUAUGUUGUUACUGUUUAAGAUGUUUUGUAACCAAAGGCAACUAAUAAUUUCAUUAAACAUUAUUCUUGAAUAAGCAGAGCCUACUUGUUUAUAAAAAUGUUAAACUUGUAAAAUAAAAUUUGUUACAUUCAUUACACCAGUGACUGUUUUUUUUACAGUAACGUAGAAGUUUAGGAAUACGUAUUACAGGAACUGUGUAGAAUCCGUUACAUUUUUGUAAUCAUUACAAUAAACUUUAUAAUUGUGAUACUAUUAUUUAAAUAUAACAAGAACAAUCUUAUAUCCUUCUUUUAUCAGGAGAAAUAAAGUUAACCUGCUGUCUCUGAUGCAGAAGCUAAACUUUAGAGGAAUGUGUCUCAAACUGCUAUUCUGAAUUGUGUGGAGGUAGCAUCCGUUACAGCUCUUUAAAAAAUAAUGUAUUCCGUAAAAUUAAAGUCUUUACAACUACAUUUUGGCAGGGGAAAAGCAGCUACCUACUUUAUUUGUUUCUAUAUAAAAAACACAAUAUAUUUAAAUUUUUCAUAGUAUAUCACUUUUUCAAGUAGUGGGAAUGUAGCAUCCGUUACAAAUGGAUUGGCUGAUUUUAAUUUCGUACAUUUAUGUUACAUUUGAGUGAAAUUCAAACAACAAUUUAAAUAACAUUUAUGUUACAUUUAAGUAAAAUUCAAGCAAUAAUGUAAAUAAUUAAAUAAUAAAAAAUAAUCUCUAUUUUCUCUUCCAGAAAGAAUUUGUUCUAUCCCCUUUACUGAAGACUCAUGUGAAAAGAACUUGCAGAAAAAACUCAUUAGUUCUUUCAAAAAAAAAAAAUGCCAUAAAGUCAAUCAUGAUACUGUUCCAACCAAAUUUCUUCUGGGUCGUGAUUCUUCAGGAUCUCAGCGAGUGAAAUGAAAGCGAAAGACAUCAGCGAAGAACUAGGAAGAAAUCUAGUUGUGGAGAUACUGUUGGUCAUGGUGCAUGGGAUCCUUUGGGGUGACUCAGUGCUGCACACUCGCUGCUCCUGGGUUGCUUGGCUCCUGGCGACUCGCGGGUCAUGGUGGUCGCCUCAGUCCGCAAUCAUGCCAGGACACUGGCUCAUACCGGGCAGCCUCAGCUCCUCACUCACUGGUUUCCUGACGCACCAUUGUCGCAGUCACUCCGUCCCUGGUGCUUGCCCCUUGUAGAUGACUUGCAGUGGCGCAGGGAGUACACCUGCGCUCAUUCUCUACCUCUGCCUCUCGCCCCCAUCCAAGUAGCCUCGUCCGAUAGUUCCCUCUCUCGUUACAUAUGGUGGUUGACUGCGCUGGGUCUUACACACACCCUGUAUUUGUACCCUGCUGGUGGGGCUGACAACACAUGCUGUGCAGUAGCUGUCUAGCAACUGGGCCACACCCCCAGUUACACUGUGCAGGCAUGCCAGCCAAAUCACCUGGCAAUUUUCAUGCUUAAAACACUCACAUUUAUCAGCUGUACGCCCCGUUAUAGUGUGAUAAGAUCAGUACCACUCAAAACCACCUUUUUCUGAAUCAGAUGUUUAUUAUUUGAAAAAGUUUAUUUACUUAACCAUUAUUAAAUGAGAUUAAAACCUACCAUCCUGACUGAUGUGAGACAAAAUCAAACAAGUAAGAGUCAAGAAACAGAAUUUAAACAUUUCCUGCUAUGGGUGUAUAUGUAAAUAGAAUUCAUGUUUAUUAAGCUGAAUAGAAUAUUACAAACUUAGAUAACAACAUUGGGGUAACAAUUUUAGAAUGCCUGCAUCAUAAAAAGAAAAUGGUAGUGAAAUAAUGAGUUAAAGGCCUAGAAAAAGUCCCAGAAAGUUAUUUAAAAUAACAUUCCACUUAGAAGACAUGACGUGAUCUUGAUGGUUGUUCAGAUUGUUAGUUAAUGUAGAAGUUGUG